AUGAAAUAAAAGCUAGCAUAAUAAAAAAAAUAAAAUUAGAAACAUGGAUUUACCAAAGAGGAAACUGCAGAUGGAUUGGCAUUCGGAUAUUAUCAAUUCUAAAAGAAAGUGGGUAUAUGGUCCAUUGAAUAUCCUGACAGAAUAGAGUAUGGGGAAUUUGACGGAGAAUUUAAAGUUGGAGAAUGGAUUAUCAAAAAUCGCUUUGAAGGUCUUUAAUAAGAGAUAAAGAAUACAACAAAUAACCUCAACAAUAAACAAUAAAAUUAUGAUACCGAAGUUGAUUCCACAUUGUCUCCUUAAAUUUCAUUUACAAAUGGAAUUACAGACACUAUAAGAAAACCUAAUAUUAUAACUAAAUCAGAAUAAAUCGAAUAUUUGAGAUGGCAUGGAAAUUAUGGUAUGAAUAAUAAGAAGAUUGGAUAUUUGAUGGCUACAUGGAAAAGGAGAAGCAAUGUAGAGAGAAAAAAAUAAGGUUAAUGGAGAGAAAUAAUAAAAAAUUAUUCUACUCUAGCUGAAGUAGUUGAAGUAGGCCAAUACCUAAAUGAUGUGAAAUAAGGAGUUUGGAAAUAUAUUUAUGAAAAUAAGGAGAUGCGGAGGAGUCUAUAGUAUUGAGGGUUCGAAAAAUGGGAAAUGGAUAGAACUGAGUGAGAAUUUUUGGAAAUAUUCAUAAGUGACUUUUGAAGGGGAAUAUAAAAAUGGGCAAAAAGUUGGUAGAUGGGAUAUUUGUUAUAGAAAAUUCAACAAAGAUAAAUUUUCAUUGAUGUAAAUAAAAUAUCAAUUAGUUUCAAUAUAACAAUAUUAUUGAAAACCGAAUAUUAGAGGUGGAGGAUCAUAUAGUGAAUCAAAUGAUGGACUCAAAAUUGGCAAUUGGAUGGAAAUU